AUGUCGUGUUGUGACCUGGCUGCGGCGGGACAGUUGGGCAAGGCGGGCAUCAUGGCCUCGGAUUGCGAGCCAGCUCUGAACCAGGCAGAGAGCCGAAACCCCACCCUGGAGCGCUACCUGGGAGCCCUCCGUGAGGCCAAGAAUGACAGCGAGCAGUUUGCAGCCCUGCUGCUAGUGACCAAGGCAGUCAAAGCAGGUGACAUCGAUGCCAAAACUCGGCGGCGGAUCUUUGAUGCCGUCGGUUUCACCUUCCCCAAUCGACUCCUGACCACCAAGGAGGCGCCGGAUGGCUGCCCCGACCACGUUCUCCGGGCCCUGGGCGUGGCCCUGCUGGCCUGCUUCUGCAGUGACCCUGAACUAGCCGCCCACCCCCAGGUCCUGAACAAGAUCCCCAUCCUUACCACCUUCCUCACAGCCCGGGGGGACCCUGAUGAUGCUGCCCGCCGUUCCAUGGUUGAUGACACCUACCAGUGCCUGACAGCCGUGGCAGGUACCCCCCGUGGGCCCCGACACCUCAUUGCCGGAGGCACCGUGUCUGCCCUGUGUCAAGCGUACCUAGGGCACGGCUAUGGCUUUGACCAGGCCCUGGCACUCCUGGUGGGGCUCCUGGCUGCUGCUGAGACACAGUGCUGGAAGGAGGCGGAGCCCGACCUGCUGGCUGUUUUGCGGGGCCUCAGCGAAGAUUUCCAGAAAGCCGAGGAUGCCAGCAAGUUUGAGCUCUGCCAGCUGCUGCCCCUCUUUCUGCCCCCAACAACCGUGCCCUCCGAGUGCCUCCGGGAUCUACAGGCCGGGCUGGCACGCAUCCUGGGCAGCAAGCUGAGCUCCUGGCAGCGCAACCCUGCCCUGAAGCUGGCCGCCCGCCUGGCACACGCCUGCGGCUCCGACUGGAUCCCAGCGGGCAACUCCGGGAGCAAGUUCCUGGCCCUGCUGGUGAACCUGGCAUGCGUGGAGGUGCGGCUGGCCCUGGAGGAGACGGGCACAGAGGUGAAAGAGGACGUGGUGACCGCCUGCUACGCCCUCAUGGAGCUGGGGAUCCAGGAAUGCACCCGCUGUGAGCAGUCCCUGCUUAAGGAGCCUCAGAAGGUGCAGCUUGUGAGCAUCAUGAAGGAGGCCAUCGGGGCUGUCAUCCACUACCUGCAGCAGGUGGGGCCAGAGAAGCAGAAGGAGCCCUUUGUGUUUGCCUCCGUGCGGAUCCUGGGUGCCUGGCUAGCCGAGGAGACCUCGUCCCUGCGCAAGGAGGUCUGCCAGCUGCUGCCCUUCCUCGUCCGCUAUGCCAAGACCCUCUACGAGGAGGCCGAGGAAGCCAACGACCUUUCCCAGCAGGUGGCCACCCUGGCCAUCUCCCCCACCACCCCUGGGCCCACCUGGCCCGGGGACGCACUCCGGCUCCUCUUGCCCGGCUGGUGCCACCUGACCGUCGAGGACGGGCCCCGGGAGAUCCUGAUCAAGGAGGGAGCCCCCUCCCUUCUGUGCAAGUACUUCCUGCAGCAGUGGGAACUCACAUCACCCGGCCACGACACCUCAGUCCUGCCCGACAGCGUGGAGAUCGGCCUGCAGACCUGCUGCCACAUUUUCCUCAACCUCGUGGUCACUGCACCAGGGCUGAUCAAGCGGGAUGCCUGCUUCACUUCUCUGAUGAACACCCUGAUGGCAUCGCUGCCUUCUCUAGUUCAGCAGCAGGGGAGGCUGCUUCUGGCUGCCAACGUGGCUACCCUGGGCCUCCUCAUGGCCCGGCUCCUGAGCACCUCUCCAGCUCUGCAGGGAACGCCCGCGUCCCGAGGUUUCUUCGCGGCCGCCAUCCUCUUCCUGUCGCAAUCCCACGUGGCCCGGGCCACGCCCGGCUCAGACCAGGCAGUGCUGGCCCUGUCCCCCGACUACGAGGGCGUCUGGGCGGACCUGCAGGAGCUGUGGUUCCUGGGCAUGCAGGCCUUCACAGGCUGCGUGCCCCUGCUUCCCUGGCUGGCCCCCGCCGCCCUGCGCUCCCGCUGGCCCCAGGAGCUGCUUCAGUUGCUGGGCAGCGUCAGCCCCAACUCUGUCAAGCCUGAGAUGGUGGCCGCCUAUCAGGGCGUCCUGGUUGAGCUGGCUCGGGCCAACCGGCUGUGCCGGGAGGCUAUGAGGCUGCAGGCCGGCGAGGAGACUGCCAGCCACUACCGCAUGGCCGCCCUGGAGCAGUGCCUGGCCGAGCCCUGA